AUGGGGGCAGUCUUUGCGUUAUUCUCUGGUUGGUAUUACUGGUCACCAAAAAUCCUUGGUCACCCUUACAAUGAAUUGCUAGGUCAUAUUCACUUCUGGGCUCUAUUUAUUGGUGUAAACUUAACAUUUAUGCCUAUGCACUUUUUGGGGCUCGCAGGGCAACCACGUCGGAUUCCUGAUUACCCGGAUGCCUAUGCGGGUUGGAAUCUUAUGGCAUCUUUCGGUUCUAUUAUCUCACUUAUGGCUACUUUAGUAUUCCUUUAUCUUCUAUACGUUCAAUUAAGCUCUCGUGUCCAAGUCUCCGCUAAUCAUUGGGCUAUUCCUUCGUUCUUUGAGUCCAAUAUUCCUACUACUCUCACUUCCUCGGCUCCUACCCUUGAGUGGUUACUUACUUCUCCAGCUCCCUUUCAUCACUUCAACGAGUUACCUAUUUCCUCUGAAAAUUCCCCCCCAAGUUGGCGGGGCUUUGGCCCCCGGGCCUACGGCCGCCUUAGAGGCGAAACACGACCGGAUGAAAGAAUCAAUCUUGAAGUUAAAGUAGGAACAGGAGGAUUCCUGACGAAAAGGAAAGAGGAGACCAGGCAUAAGCCUCGAGGUAUUACCAUUAUUGAUAAUGACUUUUGGCUGCUAGCGAGGCAUAAUACCAACUUGUACCGUAUCGCUGAAAGGAAGAUAGCAAGGCAAUUUCGCUUAUUUCAAAGCUCUUCAGUUCAUUUAAUGCCACUUUUACCUGUAGUAGCCCCCUUUUGGAUUCCUGCCAUUGAGGAAGCAGUCAGUACACCAUGGUUUCUUGGGUGGGUUCUUUCGCUGGAUUCCUCUGAUAAAGACGACUGGUGCUUGUUGCACCAUCCUACUUUCAGUGAUUUUGCUGAGCGAAGUCAAAGCUUCUUUUCAGGCUUCUUAACAGCUUUCCUUACUAAGUAUCUUCUUCUAAAAUGUCUUCCCAAACAUCUAUUCAAUCCUCAAAUGUCCAUUAUUGCUAGGAAAAUAACCUAUACCGUUGAGUAUAGCUCUACUUCUCGUCCCUCGAAAAGUCAGCAAAUAGCUUCCCUUUCUGACGAAGUCGCUUCUCUUCGCUCUCAAGUGGACUUCAUGUCCAGCUUUCUCUUGUUCCUUUGGGACGAGUAUGGUGAUGACUUUUCUUCCUCUUACAAGGACGUAUCUCGAUUCUCUAGAGAGGGUUCCACUAAAGGAAUUUCAUUCUUUGGAGACUCCUCCAGCGAGUCGGCCUUGAUUCUUGAAGAUGAUUCUCCCGGGGGCUUCAGAUAA